GUUUAAAUAAUUAGUCAUUCAUAAAAUAGACACAAACUUAAUAAUUAAUUAAUUUUUUAAUAAUAAUUAGCUUACAAUAUGUCAGUACGUUCAAUAACAUUCAUAUGUUUGAUUGCAUUAAUUGCAACAAUUGUAACAUCACAACGUCAUAAUUGGCAAAGUGGUAGAAAACAAUCUGGUGAUUAUCUAUUAGAUCGUCAAUAUGUACAAAACUUAUCUGUACAAUACAAUAAAGUAUUAUCGAAAUUAGUGAAUUAUCCAAAAACAGGAUCAAGACGUGAAGUUAUACAUUUUAUAAAUGCAACAGAUCAAUAUACAAAUGGUAAAGGUGGUUUUGUUUCAAUUAGAAGCGGUGGUGUUAAUUAUCAAUAUGUACAAUUAAAUUUUACAUCACAACGUUCAAGUGGUAUUAAUUAUUUAUUGGAAAUAUGGGGACGUUAAAAAAUG